ACAUUGUAAAUAAGCAAGGGCCAGUUGUUUGAGAAGUCAGUUGUUAAGUCCAGCUCCGUCCAGCCACAGUAGAGAAGACGAUCUACAGGGGACAGAUUUCCGAGGCUUGCUAACAAAUCCUUCAUCAUCCCUACGUCCUUUGUGCAACUUUCUUCCUCUUUUGUCUGUUUAUCGUUUUCUCUUUAGUUUUUUUAUUCCCUGACCCCUAUCCUGCUGCUCAAGGUAACUAAACCAGGAAGUUGAGUGCCUGUGAAAGGGGGUGGAGUGGAGAAGGGCAAGGUGGGAGGAGGGAAUAAUGCCGCCUAUGGAAGGCUUGCUCAGCCUAUAGCGUCAGUGGCCAACUCUGGCUUAUUUGAGGAAUCCGGCAAGGGGGGUGGGAUCUUGAGGAUAGGCGGACUGAGAGUAUCGUUUAGCAAUCUAGAUUGAAUACAGUCGAGUGUUAAAAGGAAAGCUGUCAGGAGAUUUUUGUCCCGACUUGUUCUGCUGCUCUGCUUUGCUCUCUCACUCUUUUUCUUAUGUUUUUCUUUUAAUCCUUCCCAUUCUCUCCACCUCUCGCACACUUUCUCAUCUGUUUUUCCAGUCACUUGCACUGAGGCAGGGGUCAGCUGAAAGACGAACACUAGGGUUGCCAGGCAGAGGUCAACUCCAGGCGGCUUCAGGAGACUCAGACAGGGGAGGAAUGGCAGUGGAUUGUGUGUUCAGGGAGGGGGGUGGCUGAAGAAGAUGGGCUAGUGAAAGGGGGAGGGGUCGAAAAGGGGGGCGGUAGGUGAUCGCUUUUCCUCGGCUCAGGGCUUUCAACACAGCAGCGGAUUGCCUGUCCCACACAGUCUUUUGUCUCCUCCUGGGACAGAGCCUGUGGACUUAAGACAUUUUCUCUGUACGUUCAACAAGGAGACUUUAGUUACAUCCUCCUCUACUUCUAUACUGUCCACAGUGCAGCAUGAAGGGCACGGGCAUAUCUGGAGAUGUCAGCAGACUCUUUUGCAGCGGGGAACAGCGAUGCCCAGCAGAGCUUACAAUCCUUUUGGCCCAGAGUAAUGGAAGAGAUCAGGAAUCUUACAGUGGAUUUCCGUGUGCAAGAGCUUCCUCUUGCUCGCAUCAAGAAAAUUAUGAAACUGGAUGAGGAUGUGAAGAUGAUCAGUGCUGAAGCACCAGUGUUGUUUGCCAAAGCAGCACAAAUCUUCAUCACAGAGCUCACUCUCAGAGCUUGGAUCCACACUGAGGACAACAAACGGCGUACACUACAGAGGAAUGAUAUUGCCAUGGCCAUCACUAAGUUUGAUCAGUUUGACUUCCUCAUUGAUAUCGUACCACGAGAUGACAUCAAGCCUCCGAAACGACAGGAGGAAGUGCGUCAGUCUGUUGCCCCGACUGAGCCAGUCCAGUAUUACUUCACAUUGGCACAACAGCCCAGCUCAGUGCAGGUCCAAGGACAGCAGCAAGGCCAGCAGGUUGCUACUCCCACCACACUACAACCAGGGCAGUUUAUCAUCGCUCAGCCCCAGCAGGGCCAGGUAUUGCAGGGAACGACAAUGCAGCAGCUUCAGCAGGUGCAGGUAGCACAAUCACAGGUGACCCCUAUUACGAGUGCUCCAGUGACAAUGCAGGUGGGUGAAGGCCAGCAGGUGCAGAUUGUGCAAGCUGCUCCACAGGGUCAGGCACAGGCAGCACAGUCUGCUGGACAGACUAUGCAGGUUAUGCAGCAGAUCAUCACCAACACAGGAGAGAUCCAACAGAUUCCAGUGCAGCUAAACACUGGCCAGCUGCAGUACAUUCGCUUGGCUCAGCCAGUCUCAGGAACACAGGUUGUUCAAGGACAAAUACAGACGAUUGCAGCAAAUACUCAGCAGAUUUCACAGACGGAAGUACAACAGGGUCAACAACAGUUCAACCAGUUUACUGAUGGGCAGCAGUUGUAUCAGAUCCAGCAGGUGACGAUGCCAGCAGGGCAGGAGCUGGCCCAGCCCAUGUUCAUUCAGUCCACCAACCAGACAGCCGACGGGCAGGUCACCACGCAGGUCAGCGCGGACUAAGUCUGCCUGCCCUCUUCUCUGCUGACCCAUGGAGCUCCCAUCACCACCCAUAGUGAAGGAGUGGAGCUGUUACACCAUCUUCCACGCAGUCAACCGCACUGAACACUCCCAUCCAACCCUAUCUACAACCAUAUCUGACUUCAGUCCUUCAGCUUUUCUUCAUCUCAUGCCAUAUUUCGAUCAAGUUAUCUGACUGGUUUAAUUCAGCAGUUGGCAUACAGUUUUAGAUUUAAGCUUCAUUUGUUACAGUACAAAAUACACUUACUGCUUUUAGCUGUGUUACACUUUUGGUCUGCUUACUACAGUCUUGAGUAACAGAAGGAUCAGUGUAUUGUGGCAGAAAUCAAUUUUGCUUUCUGCCAUAUAAAUUUUAACUGUAUGUUUAUGUCUCUUGCAAUAUGGCUAAAGAGUAUUUGAUCCCACUGUCUUCCUCGCUAUUUGCCUAGAAUGUGUCAUUGUUCCUUAGUUAAAUGUGGAUAUGGAUAGAGAUUAUGCUUUAAUUUUGAUCUCAGAUCCGAAUCCCGAUGUUAAGCCUAUAGAGCAGGAGGGCAUUUCUCAGCUGUGGGACAUCUUUUUUUGGUUGUAUGUUUUUAAAGCCCUCAUCCAUUUUGAUAGAUCAUGCCAUCUCAUGAUGUGUAGACUUUAAACUUGAUAAUAAAAAAGCCAUAAUCUACACAUUCUGUACACAUGUAUCUCUGUAGUUUGUAUAACUCUGUUAUUCACUAGUAAUACGUGUGUUGUAGUAGUACCUUGUAUAGUUUUGAAAUUUUGCUUGCAUUUUAUUUGUUAUAGGGCUUCUUUCUACAUGCAAAAUGGUCUUUGUGUGAGUGUGUGUGAACAUGUGCUGGUAAUUGAUGUGCUGUCUGUGGGUGUCUUUCCGGGCACAAUUUAGGAAGACCUCUGCCCCCUUGCAGUUGAGCUGCUCCACUUUUAACCGACUUGUAAAAACAACAUUAAUUAAAACCCUUUUAUAUACACUCAUUUUGAACACCAGCUGUAACUUGGUUUCUUUUUUUUUUUUUUUUAUUGCUCUCUAGUUUUUCAUUUAUAUUAUCAUAGUUGGUCAUUGUUGUUUUGCAUGUAGUUAUGACUACCAGCAUGAUAUGCAAUACCUUGCUAUACAUUUUAUUUUUGUGUUCUUUUUUUGUAAACAGACCUUGGUUUGUGAGAAAAUUAAAAUGUGAAACAUUUUGGAAAUUUAGUUUAUGUUGUGGUGCAGUGUGUAGUGCAUUUGCUUAGUACUCAUGGUGCUCUUGUCUUUUGGAUUGAAAAAACAAAACAAAAGCAAGUUUCUCCACUGAUGGCCAUUCAAAAUUAGUUGUGUAUUCUGACUAUAGUAUAUUAAAUUUGCAAUAUAUUAUACUAGCUCUUUCACUAGUGACCAAUUCUUGAAGGGCUCUUAAAUGUGUGAAAUAAAAAAAAAAAUGUCCUUGUCUGCUGAAGAAAAAUAAAAAAGUAACUGAAUGCCCAUAAAGUAUAUCAAGUUCU